UGUUUCAUACCCACAAGAAAAAGAAGUAGAUCGAAAAACAUCAGGAGGCUCGCUGAGUGAAAAGUGAGCGCUAAAAAUUUAUAUACAGAGAGAGAAAAUGGAGAUAGUGGAAGCAAGCAGCUAUGGGGCACUGCCACUUCUCUCUUUGAACCAUGUGUCUCUUAUGUGCAGAUCAGUAUGGGAUUCAGUUCGGUUCUAUGAAGAUAUCCUGGGCUUUGUUCUCAUCAAACGCCCCUCUUCUUUCAAUUUCAAUGGAGCUUGGUUGUACAAUUAUGGCAUUGGGAUACACUUAAUUGAGAACCCAUCAAUCGAUCAUGAGUUUGACACCACCCCGACUGAAGUGCGACCAAUUAAUCCCAAGGACAACCACAUCUCCUUCCAGUGUACAGAUGUCGGACUUGUGAUAAGCAGGCUGCAAGACAUGGGGAUGAGGUAUGUGACAGCUUUGGUGGAGGACGAAGGAAACAAGGUGGAACAGGUGUUCUUUCACGACCCAGAUGGGUACAUGGUCGAGCUCUGCAACUGCGAGAACAUCCCUAUUAUUCCCAUCUCUGCCUGCGCUUUCAAGCCCAUGGGGCAAAGAUUCAAGAAGACCGAACCCAGCAACUGUGGAUUCAUGGAGAAGGUGAUGAUGGAGAGCCUGAGCAUGGACAUGAUGAACUUUUCAUUUUAAAAGGUUCCCCAACAAAAAAGAAAAAAGAUCAGAGUGAACAAUUUCACCUUCUUUUGUUUGGUAAAAAGGAAAAAAUUGUUAUAUGUUUGCAAGUUUGACAGGGUUUGUAUUGGUUAUGAUCUACUGCUACUUUGAAUAAAUAAUGUAAGACUGUAAAAUAUAUGCUUUGAAGCCAAGAUGUGGCUUUUGGAUUGUAUCAAUAUUUUGUUUGAAAGAAGUUUCCUAUUAAUGGGGAGCUUCCUAUA